AUGGCGCCAAGACAUCCACGCCCUUCCACCGAACUUUAUAAUAUCCCUGAGCAGCCAGAUCCUAAACUUUACACUCAGGCCUCUGCCAGCGAAGGCUCAGACCGACUGAUCUUCCUAGCUGGCCAAUGGGGCAUGAGAAACGGAGAGUUUGGCUCCACCAUAAAGCAGCAAGUCGAAUAUUCCUUUGCAAACUUGAGAGAUGCAUUGAAGGCCAGCAGUGCCAGCCCCCAGGAUGUUGUCAAACUCACAUUCUAUGUGGUGGACUGGCCAUGGACUGAGGCUACAGAGAGCUUGGUGGAACCAUGGAUGAAGCUUUUCGCGGAGUGCACCGACAAUUACAGACCACCUACAACUGUGAUUCCCGUGCCAAAGCUGGCACAGGCCGAAGCGAAAUUUGAGGUAGAGGCAAUCGCCGCGAUUGGUGGGCGCUCUAAACUGUUCAACUCAGAGCUUCGACAGACUGUACAGCCAAGUAACUUGAUCUAUGUGGAUGCUGUUGUUGUUGGGGCAGGAUUUAGUGGCACGCAAGCCGCCCAUGACUUAUCCCGCGCCGGCCUCAAUGUCGCGCUGCUUGAGGCAACUCAUCGAGUUGGCGGACGGAGCAAGACAAUGCGACUAGCUAGUGGACCGGGUGUCGUGGAACUUGGCGCAACCUGGAUCAAUCAGUACACGCAACCCAAGAUCUAUGCCACAGUCAAACGGUUGGGUCUUCACCCGGUACACCAAUAUUUGGAAGGAGACGGAGUGUUACAAACACUUGAUCGCAAAGUCUAUCGGUUCGGAAGUCAGGAUCAAGCGGGCAACAGCCCAGGGCUCUCUAGCGAAGACGGAAAAUCUAUGCAAGCAUUGAUUGAAGCAAUCGAGUACGAGAUUGAGAACAAUGCAUUGCUUGAUAUUAAUAAAACACGCAGCUUCCCCGGCAAAGACGAUGUGUCUGCGCUUGAGUGGGUGAAGAACAAGAAGCUGGGUGAUUUCUCUCUUCAGGUUAUACGAAGUAUCACGACAGCGAUGGUGGGCAGAGAGCCACAUGAGAUUGGCAUCCACUAUUUGCUGGAUUAUAUCAAGUCCGGGGGAGGCUUCACUAGCCUCGCUAGCGAUGACGACAAGGGGGCUCAACAAAUGUUUAUCCGUGAAGGGACGUCGGCCAUUGCACACGGCCUUGCAGCUGAGAUGAGGCCUGGCUCAGUAAUUGUCAACUGCCCGGUUGAUGAGAUCAAUCAGCAUGGCAAAGAGGUCAUUGUCACUACAGCAACUGGUUUCAAAUUCUCGGCAAAGAAAGUAAUUGUUGCUGUGCCUACAAAUACGUACGGCAAAAUUCAUUUUACACCUCCUCUGCCAAGCUCCAAGCGCUCCCUUGCUAGCGAGACUCUACCAGGUGUCUAUGCUAAAGUCUUGCUCACUUAUACCAGUCCUUGGUGGCGGGCUAUCGGGCUUAUGGGCAAGUUCCGUAGCCAGAUUGGCCCAAUUUGUUUCUCCUGGGAAGUCUCUAACUUUGAAGACAAGGCGUUUACGCUGGCACUGUUUAUCGCAGGCGACAGAGCUGCUCAAUGGUAUAAACUGUCGCCGCUGAAGCGUCAACAGGCCGUCAUUGAGCACUUGGCUGAGCUGAUCGGCCCAGAGCAUCGCCAUCUGGCAUUAGACGUGCUCGAGUAUAACGCUGGUGAGUGGGUGGAGGAAGAGUGGAUGGGCGGUGCACCGACGUCCGCGAUGCCUCCAGGGUACCUUUCCAGGUAUGGCGAAGAUUUGAGGGCGCCGUUUAAAAAUGUUCAUUUUGCUGGCGGUGAAACUGCUCGAGAGUGGAAGGGUUACUUGGAGGGAGCUCUUCGUGCGGGCAGUCGGGCUGCGGAUGAAGUGAUUGAGCUGCUUGGAAAGCCUCAGAACAAACUGUAG